AUGUCACUUAGCCAUCUUACUCUGAAUGAGUACUAUGAGAUACAAUGCAAUGAAUUGGAGGCACUUAAAUCCAUUUAUAUGGACGAUUUUACAGAUUUAACCAAAAAAAAAUCCAGUUGGGAUAAACAACCGCAAAUCAUAUUCGAAAUAUCAUUAAAAUCAAUUGAAACAGAACCCGCACAAUCGUCAUUAACGUUACAUUUCGAACUUACCCCUAUGUACCCUCAUACAAGGCCUGAUAUUAUAUUUAAAAAUGUAAAUAACAUCAUGGAUAGCCAAUUACAAUCUUUAAAAAAAGAAUAUACUCAAAUACAUAAGGAUGCAAGAGGCCAGGAAUUUAUUUUUGAUAUUGCCUCCUUGACUCAAGAGAAAUUAGAUAUUUUCCAAGGGAUGGUAAAUAAUCAAUCGUUAGAAGAGGAUCGAUUGCAAAGAAUACAAGAAUCAAAGGCCCAGAUGGAGAAAGACGAGAAAGAACGUCAAGAACAAGUUGAAAAACUGAAAGUAAGAGAACAAGAAAGGAUUGAUAAAAUUGUUCAGAAAGAAUUAGAGAAGAGACAGGAUGAUGAUGACCAAUUGUUCAAUCCAACUAAACAAAUGAAUCUCUUACCACCUUCAGAAUGGGUAUCAUCAGGAGAAGCAAUUAUAUUUCCGAAGGUUAUAAAGGCCAAAUUACCAAAUAAUUCUUUGUUUAAAUUUAGAGCAGUUGUUAACCCUCAACCGACGAAAUUAUUUUCGGAUCCUUUGAACUUCACAAAUCAAUAUCUAGUGAAACCAUAUAUAGCUCCAGAUUCCCCAUUAGCAAACUCCCUAAUGUCUUCAGAAAUGAUGGAGAAUUUCUAUUUUUUACUCACUGAAGUUCAAUUAGAUAAUCCAUAUUUUAAUACAAGUAAUGGUAAGAAAGAAAUAUCUGUACUCGAAAAAAACCUAGAGCUUCUUUUGAAAGUAAAACAUGACAAUAUACAACGAUUAUAUGCCUACUCGGUAGAAAGGUUAGGUAGAAAUAAUGCCACUUUUGUCUGGAAAAUUAGAUUGUUAACAGAAUAUUCUGUAUCAUACCCAAUUGGAGACGUUAUUCAAUCUGUUGAUUUUGUUAACAUCGCUACAGCUCGUGUUUGGAUGAUUCGUAUCUUAGAAGGUAUUGAAGCGCUACACAAAGUUGGGACAUUCCAUGGUUAUAUUACACCACAAACUGUCUUGCUAGCUAAAGAUUCAGAUUUUGGUACUACAAUCCCUAAAUUAAUAUAUCCCCAUUAUGCAUAUGAUCUUAUCAAUAUGAUCUCUAAAUACCCAAAUAAGCAUGGACCUCCGGUGGACGAACCAUUUUUCACCUGGGAUCCUCCAGAACUGACAAAAGCCAAAAAUAUAAAACCACAGAGAAUGACAGAUAUCUGGUUAACUGGUGUACUUUUCAUACAAAUGAUUAAUGGUAUUGAUACAGUAAUGGACUACUCAUCUCCCAAAGAAUUUUUAGUUGAAAAUAGCAUUGACACCUCCUUAUAUGAUUUGCUUGAAAAGAUGUUAAAUGAAGAACCAAAGAGAAGAUUAGAUAUCCUAGAAUUACUCCCAAUGAAAUUUCUGAGGACAAAUAUUGAUCCUGAUGUUAGAAAGUUUAAUUUGUUGAAAGAAAACCCUACUCAGAAUUCGAUAUCACAGUCUUCCGAAGAUCAAUUAUUUGAAUCGCGAACAUUAUCACAUUCUAGCAACAGAAGAAGAUCUUUUAAUGUUGGGUCUCGAUUCUCUUCCUCUUAUGCUCAUACCAAAUCAAGAUAUGCGACGGAUUUCGAAGAAAUUGCAGUUUUAGGUAAAGGUGCUUUUGGCCAGGUCGUUAAAGCUAGAAAUACUCUCGAUAGUAGGUAUUACGCUGUGAAAAAAGUUAGACACACUGAGGAAAAGCUUUCGACAAUUUUGAGUGAAGUCAUGUUGCUGGCAAGUUUGAACCACCAAUAUGUCGUUCGAUAUUAUGCAGCAUGGUUGGAAGAAGACUCACCAAAUGACAGUGCAGUGGCUUCAAGCGAUGAAGACGAUGAAGACGACGACAGUUUUUCGGAUGAAAGUACUGAUAUUUCGGAAUUAGAGACAGAUGAUCUUUUUAACCAAUCGAACAUAAUGAGGAAUCGUAUAGAGAAUAUCGAUGAAGAUAACAGUAAUUGGGAUUUUAUAUCUAACUCCGGCUAUCCAGAUAUUGUAUUUGCUAAUAGUUCAAGUGGUCAGAAUGAUACCACGACCAACCAAACCGAUGAUAUAGAUAGCACACAUGAUUCUGAAAGUGAGAGUGAGAGUGAUGACGAUGAUGAUGAAGACGUGCAGUCUAUGGGUAUACAAUUUGACAUGACGCAUGAGCCAAUAAAGCAUCAUGAUAUUAACACAAUAAAGAAGAAGAAGAAAAAGAAAAGUACGUUGUUUAUUCAAAUGGAAUACUGUGAAAAUCGUACGUUAUUUGAUUUGAUUCAUUCUGAUAACUUGACAGAGCAACGAGAUGAAUAUUGGAGGUUGUUCCGUCAAAUAUUGGAAGCAUUAAGCUAUAUUCAUUCCCAAGGUAUCAUUCAUAGAGAUUUGAAGCCAAUGAAUAUUUUCAUUGAUGAAUCAAGGAAUGUGAAGAUUGGUGAUUUCGGGCUGGCUAAAAAUGUCCAUAGGUCGGCUGAUUUGUUGAAGAUGGAUUCUGCCAACGUCACUGGUAGUACAGACAACUUAACAUCUGCUAUAGGGACAGCUUUAUACGUUGCUACAGAGGUAUUAACUGGGAAAGGUAAUUACAACGAAAAAAUUGAUAUGUAUUCCUUGGGUAUCAUUUUCUUUGAGAUGGUGUAUUCUUUCAGUACAGGUAUGGAGAGAGUUAAUAUUUUGAAAGAUCUUAGACUUCCAGAUAUUGAAUUCCCAACUGAGUUCGAUGGAAAUAAAAUGAAAACAGAAAAGAGAAUUAUCAAAUUAUUACUAGACCAUGACCCAAGUAAGAGACCAGGAGCAAGAAAACUACUGGAUAGCGGAUGGUUGCCUGUAAAACAUCAAGAUGAAGCCCUGAAGGAAGCUCUAAAGAGUCUAGCAGACCCAUCUUCACCAUGGCAACAAGAUGUACGUGAAAGUUUAUUUAAUCAACCUUACAGUUUGACAAAUGAUAUUUUAUUCGACAGUAUAGAAAAUUCACAGACACCUUUUUCCCAAAUCCUAAGAUCCCAAAUGACAGAAGAAGUAGUAAAAAUCUUUAGAAAACAUGGUGGUAUUGAAAACAACUCUCCAUCAAGGAUAUUUCCUAAAGGUCCAACAUAUAUCGCUCAGAAUGUAUACGAACUAUUAGACCAUGGUGGAAGUGUCCUGCAGUUGCAAUAUGAUCUGACAUACCCAAUGGCAAGAUAUCUAUCUAAGGGACCAAACUGCGUGACGAAGCAAUUCCGUUUACAAUAUGUUUAUAGACCUCCAGCUCAAUCGAAAUCAAGUUUGGAGCCAAGAAAGUUUGGGGAAAUCGAUUUCGAUAUUAUCUCAAGUUCAACUACUCACUCUUCUUUUUAUGAUGCAGAAAGUAUAAAAAUCGUAGAUGAAAUUUUAACAGCAUUCCCUGUUUUUGAAAAGACAAAUACUGUAUUUGUACUGAAUCAUUUUGAUAUUUUGGAUUCAGUAUUUGAUUUCUGUAAUAUCGAUAAAGCUCAGAGAGCAUUAGUAUCUCGUAUGCUAUCCCAAGUUGGGUUUGCAAAGUCUUUCAAGGAGGUGAAGAGUGAACUGAAGGCGCAAUUGAAUAUAUCAUCUACUUCAUUGAAUGAUCUUGAACUUUUUGAUUUUAGGUUAGAUUUUGAGGCUACUAAAAGAAGAUUAGCUAAGAUCAUGGUGGAUAGCCCCUUCCUGAAGAAAAUUGAUGAUUCACUAUCUCAUAUCGUAAAAACACUAAACUUUUUAAAACCAUUAGAAGUCUAUCGAAAUGUCGUAAUAUCUCCACUAAGCAGUUACAAUAAUUCAUUUUACAAAGGUGGUAUCAUGUUCCAGGCGAUAUACGACGAUGGUUCUAUAAGAAACUUGAUAGCAGCUGGUGGUCGUUAUGAUAAUCUGAUUUCAUUUUUUGCUAGGCCAUCAGGAGCCAAAACGUCAAACGUGAAGAAAGCUGUUGGCUUUAAUCUAGCAUGGGAGACUAUAUUUGGUAUUGCACAAAGCUAUUUUAAGAUAGCACCCGGUAAUAAACAUAAGAAGAGAAAUAAGUUUUUGAAAGAUACUGCUGUUGAAUGGAAGCCCAGUAGAUGUGAUGUUAUCAUCUCAAGUUUUUCUAAUUCGUUACUUGAUACAAUUGGUGUUCCUAUUCUUAACAAAUUGUGGAAACAGGGAAUCAAAACAGAUUUCUUACGUAACUGUUACACGGUUGACGAUGUGAUAUCUGGUGCUCAACAAGAUGGUGCAGAUUGGAUAAUUUUAAUUAAACAACAAUCAUACACUAACUCUAGUCAUAAAAGAAAAUACAAACCCCUUAAGAUACGGAAGCUGAAUAGCAAGCUGGAUAUCGACAUGGAUAUUGAUGAAUUUUUACAGUUGUAUAACCAAGAAAUUGCCGAUAAGGAUUUGACUAAUGAUUCAAUACCCAUUGGUGAUAAAUUUGAAGAACAGAACCACUGGGAUGACGGAAGUAGUGCAAGCAGUAGUCAAGAUGGUGAUUAUGAUGACAAAAAGAAUGGAUCCAUUGCUUCGAAUAAGAAAAUCGUAUACGUUCCAAACAUGGCCAAUAGAUCCAAGAAGGCAAGUAAGAGAGAGAAAUGGGUUUAUGAAGACAGUGCCAGGAAUGCAUCACAAUCCAUCGUUCACAAUCUGUCAAUGGCACCAGUAAUUGCCAUUGACGCUCUACGUGAUGAGACAAUGGAGAUGAUAUCUAUAACUUCAUUAAAUCAAAAAGAAGAAUGGCUGAGGAAGGUAUUUGGUUCUGCUAAUAAUUCUGCUCCAAGGAGUUUUGCGACAAGUUUAUAUAACGCUUUAUCGAAGGAGGCAUCUAAAGGUAGUAAAUGGGCUAUUCUUCAUUGUCAUAAGACCGGUCAAUCAAGUGUAAUAGAUUUACAAAGGUAG